AUGCAGCGGAUCCACGACGAUGCUGUUGCGGAGGAGCAGCACUUUGAUCCGUUAACGAAUCAAAAGCGCGAUUAUUACAUCAGGUUCUUCCACGAGCUCCGGUACUUUUCCAGCAAGAAGACUUCUUCUCGCAGCAAAAACUUCAACAAGAAACCGGCUGCUUAUCGCGAGCGGGUUAAGCAUGCCCCUGAGCGCUUCGAGACAUUCUCGACGCGCGGGCGGCUGGAGCAGCUCCACAGAUCCUCUGUGGACGCUGGUAUUCCGUGCGCUGUGCCCGAAGGCCAUCACUGCACGUUGUGUCUUCCGGGUGCGGUGCGCUUGAGCGACCGCGACCUAAACGGGUACACGACUAUUCGUGUACCUGCGAGUCUCAAGGAUCUCCGUGCCAAGUUCUUGGCACGCGAGGAACGCGACGAUCGUGGGACUUCGGGCACGGUAGGUGACCACAGCGCUCGCACUACCUUCGCGUCGGCAGUGCGUGGUGAGCUUCGUAUGCCCUUACCAUUUCUGGAACGUCCUGCAGCAGGACGCCCCGCGGCUCCCAUGUAUCUUGGUGGGGCGGAAACCCUCUCCAACGAAUACGAUAACGAACCGGCUGCCGGUUCGUUUUCGGGAUACUAUGGUUCACAAUACGCUCAACAAUCCAGCGUGCUGAGCCGCGGGCAUUGCGGAUCGGAGGCGGCGGUAGUGGGAACACGCCGCGGGUAUGGUCAACCUGGGGUUGACCUUGGUCCGACGCUCGAGGAGCUGAUCGCUGCUGUGGAACAGCAUCAGAGCCGGGAGUUCGCCGCUCUGAAGCAGGUGGUGGCGAUCCUGAGGGCUCAAGCCGCUCAGGGUUCGCAGACCGCGUCGGACAUCUCUGUCGACGUGGGAGGUCGCGUCGCACGCUUGGCCCAGCGCGUUCACGCGCUGGAGCAGAGGUUCGCUCCCACUGGGGCUUCCGCUUCGAGCCAGCCGAGCUAG